AUGAGCGCACAAGACAUGACACCUCCUGCCUCUGGCACCGCCACACCUACUGCUAAGUCAUUGACAAAGGCCGGCAUUGAGCACAACCUCGAAUCAAACGCACAAACCGCACAGCUCGAUGCUUCUAAGCUGAAGAUCUCCCUGACCACUGCGCCGAGGGACCCUCCUGCCGCCGGCAGCGAGGAACUCAAGAAGAUGCGCACCUGCACCGAUCACAUGGUCACCGCGCGUUGGACCCUCGAAGAUGGAUGGGAAGCUCCUGAACUCAAGCCUUACGGGCCUUUGAGCAUCAUGCCUACUGCUUCCGUUCUUCACUACGCCACCGAAUGUUUCGAGGGUUUGAAGCUUUACCACGGGGAGGAUGGCAAAUUGCGUUUGUUCCGUGUCCGUCGUAACUGCGAGCGUCUGCGCAGAAGUGCUGCUCGUAUCUCUCUUCCUGACUUCCCUGCCGAGCAAUUGGAGAUUCUCAUCAAGAAGUUGUGCGCUACUGAUGGCCCCAAGUGGCUGCCCAACAAGGGCGGCUUCCUCUACUUGCGUCCCACUUUCAUUGGCACAGAUCCUGGUCUCGGAGUUCAGGUCCCUAAGGAGGCUCUGCUCUACGUUAUCAUCGCUGUCUUCCCCGACUGGUCGGAUCCUCGCAACUUGCCCGCUGCUUCGGCCGUCAACCCCGAUCUCAGCGAGAAGGUCACCAAGGCACAGGGUCUCAAGCUUCUUGCCAGCAAGGAGGACUCCAUCCGCGCAUGGCCCGGUGGCUUCGGUUACGCAAAGUUGGGUGCCAACUACGGACCUUCGCUCGUUGGACAGGGCGAGGCUCGCGCUCGUGGUUAUGAUCAAAUUCUCUGGCUGUUCGGCAACAACGGCAGCGUCACUGAGGCUGGUGCCAGUAACUUCUUCGUCGUCUGGAAGACCAAGGAGGGCAAGCAGCAACUCAUCACCGCACCUCUUCACGACAACCUGAUUCUCGAAGGUGUCACUCGCGACAGUGUUCUCAACAUCACAAAGGAACGUCUCAGCACCUCUGAAAGCGCCGCAAAGUACAACGCCGAAAGCGUCGAGGUCAUCGAGCGCAAGUUCACCAUGCAGGAGAUCCUGGACGCUUACACCGAGGGUCGUCUCGUUGAGGCCUUCGCUGCCGGCACAGCCUACUUCGUCGCUCCCGUCGGUCUGAUCGGCUGGAAGGAGCACGAACUCGAGAUCCCCCUCGCCGAGGGCAAGACCGGUGUCUACGCCAGAAUCAUCCGCGGCUGGCUCUCGGACAUCAUGUACGGCAACGACAACCACGAAUGGGGUGUUCUCGUCGACGAAGCCUAG